AUGCCUCCAGCGAUCCGAAGCCCGGUUCCAUCGACGAGCCUGCUACGGUUUCUGCGAUCGCAAACUGAGGCCUCUUCGAUUUUCAGUCGGACCCAGUGUGCCGAAUCCGCGACGACUGCUGCCAUUCGGCCCAGCCCAGCCCGGCCGGCUCAAAAUACCCAAUGCCUUGCAAGAAGGUUUUCUAGGACAGGGACGGCGACGGCGACGAGGCCGGUCUCGACCAACUGCAGGAGUUCCGGGCUACUCCCAGCUUCGCCUCUUAGCUCCCGCUCCAGCUCCGACUCCGUCAUCACCCGAGCGAGCCGCAGACACAAACUCGCCCAUCUACCCUCCUCGCCCGUCGCAUCCUUCAGCACCACCUGUGCGAGACGAGACUCCUGCGGAGACGACUCCUCGGCGCCGCCCCGGACGUGGAAGGAGAGGCUAUGGGGCAUACGAGGUCGAGGAUCGAAGGCGCUGAAGCCCAAUGACCUCCCCUUCCACGACGACGGCGAGGCCGGCUCCAUGUUCAACAGCCGCCGCAUACUGACGGCGAAGGCCGCGCUGGAGCCCAGGCUGCGAUGUACCGAGGUGGACGAGAACGGCGAGGUGAUUUUGGUCGAUGGCGAGUUCAAGAAGACGGAGCUCAUCGCAAAGUACGGUCUGCUGCCCCGCGACCUGCGAAAGAUUGAUUCCUCUAACCUGCCUCACAUCUUCGUCCGCCAGAGCGCGAUCCUCCUCAACCUGCUCCACUUAAAGGUCCUGAUCAAGAAGGACCGCGUGCUGCUCUUCGACGUGUACGGCUCCAAGACAUCGUACCCGCAGUCGGCCUUCAUGUAUGACCUGCAGGGAAAGCUCAAGCAGAAGCACGUGCAGGGCGGCGUUAACGGACUGCCGUACGAGUUCCGCGCUCUCGAGGCGGUGUUGACCUCUGUCACCUCGGAGCUCGAGGCCGACUUCGAGUCCGUGCGGGACCCCGUCAUCCGCGUUCUCAGCGAGCUCGAGCACGACAUCGACCGGCACAAACUGCGCGUCCUGCUCAUUCUGUCCAAGCGGGUGAGCACCUUCGAGCAGAAGGCCAAGCUAGUGCGCGACGCCAUCGAGGAGCUGCUCGAGGCCGACGACGACCUCGCCGCCAUGUACCUGACCGAGAAAGCACACGACCUCUACCGCGGCGUCGAUGACCACACCGAGGUGGAGCUGCUCCUCGAAUCUUACAAUAAGUUGUGCGACGAAAUCGUUCAAGAGGCGCAGAAUCUGGUGUCUGGUAUUCGCAACACCGAAGAAAUCAUCCGCGCCAUCCUCGACGCCAACCGCAACGCCCUUAUGCUUCUCGAUCUCAAGUUCAGCGUCGGCACUCUCGGCCUGGCCAUGGGCACCUUCCUCGCAGGUCUCUACGGAAUGAACCUCGAGAACUUCAUUGAAGAAACUAACUGGGGCUUCGCCGGUGUCACCAUCACCUCGACCAUCUGCUCCCUCUUGGUUUGCUGGUACGGCCUCGUCAAGCUGCGCAAGGUUCAGCGCGUCAAGAUGAUGUUUGACGAGCGUGGGCCCCUGACCCGGCCCAGCCGGCAGCUGAGUUCGCCCUCGGCGACGGCUCAGCCGAGCCUCGGGACGGGUCAGCACUGGUUUCAGGACGACGGCCCAGCAGGUCUGCUCGACGCUCGGAAUCGUGAGAAGUUCCGCCGCGUAACGAACCAGAAGGCCGCCGCGGCCGCCAACGCCAAGAUGACCACCAAGAAAUGGUUCCAGUAA